ACCACUUUCACUACCAGGAGUGGUCAUUACUACAAAGCUGAUGAUUUGCAAUGGUGCCACACACUGCAGUGGUGAAGAAAAAGGCCUUUUUUUGUCCCUUAUAUGCUCAGAUUCUCCCAAGAAGCUUUAUGGCCCUGUGUCUCUUUUGCAGGCUACAUGCCAUAUAAAUUUCCAUUCCCCUCCCAACUCUUACUCUGCCAUUUAAUUCUUCAUCAAUACCUCAAAUUCUCUUGGUUUUGAUAGAUGAGCACUGCAUUCCUGCUGAGCUGUUUGACUUGGAGGAAUAUUUGAAGAGUAAAACGAAUGAAUGAAAAUGAGAAUAACUAAAGCUGCAGCUCUUAGUCCCCGCCUGUGGCACUCCAGAGAAGUGCUCAGAGAUGACGGGCAGGAAGAGAGACAGAGGGGAUCGGGGCGGGGACGCGGGGCUCUCCGGGGACCGACCGUUCCGGGACGACCCGAGCAAGGGCUAGGCGACAGCAGCCAGGGGCUCUCACUCUCCUUCUUCUCCUCUUUUUCCUCCUCCCUCUCUCCUUCUUUCCUUCCCUCGCUCUCUUCCGUCCCGCCCCACCGCCCCCUGGGCGGGCCGCCCGCCGCGGCCCAUAUAGGGGCGGCUCCAGUUGCCGGCGGCACAGCGCAUCCUUCCACCCGCGGGCUCCUCUCGGAAAAGAGGCGGAUUCCCAAUUGCGCCGCUGCCAUGGCCUCAGUGCCCUCCGCCGGCUGCCUCCUGGCCAAGAACCAGUACUACAGAAGGUUACCUGACUUAAUUGAUAAAUAUUGGUGGAUAAAAAGCUUCUUCCAUAGUGAACCAUCUCCACCACCUCUUGGCAGAAAAACACUAUCAGCAAGCAGUACCAACAGUUGAAAGAACAGCGUGAUGGCCUUACUGACUGAGAUGCUAUAUACAGACCUGUUUUUCCAAGAGGCUUGGGAUCUUCCUAACAUCUGGGUUUAGCUGCAAGAAGAAAACAAAACCUUUAGGAAAGUGGAAAAGUGUAUUUUCAAAAUAUUUGUCAGUAGCUUAAAUGGUAUUGCUUAAUGGAUAUGUCCAUGGCCCACCGUGUUCUUUACAGAAUUGUAAAAUUUGAGAUGUCUCUGUAAUGGAAGUAACCAGGAUUAAAUAUCCAUAUGAACUGAAUAAUUAAAGAAAAAAUUACAAUAAAGGUAAGAUUGUAGGUUUAGGAGAAGAAUCUGUAUUGGAUGACUGCAAUGGGUUAAGUUACCUUUAAGAUAUCAGCUCUACAGGCAGUCACACACUGAUACAAAGAUUCAGAUCUAUAGUCCGGAGCAAGACUGCUAUAUGGUACAUGUCUUCCAUCAAGUAUUUGUGUACCAGUUACAGAGAGUAAGUUUAAAAGAAUGAUUGUCAAUUGCUUUGAUUUUUAGAAAGCCCAGUUACAUGAAGAAACAGUAAUCUGUUUGGUCUCUUUGGUCAAGCAGGGUGCAUAGAUCCUAACCUCAAAUACCCAGGUACAACUUUCAUUCAUAUCCUAUCCAUGUUGGUUUCUGAGGACAGAAUAUAGGAGAUGGACAAGGAACCAGUAAUCCUAGUGGACUCUGACAUUUUCCAAGGAGAAAAGCAAUCUUAAUCAGAGUUCAUGCUCCCAGCUCUGUUUUAGAUUUCUCUCACUCACUUUGUUGUGGCUUGAAGAGCUACUUGUUCUUAGGUGACUAAUUCUAUCCAUAUUCUGCUCUCUGUCAGCUUAGUUAUGUGCUAGAUCUGGCAAAAUGUUCCACUCAAGGUAAUGACACUGUUAUUAUCCAAGUCAACCUUUGUUGUGAUUUGUGCUCUUGAAAGACACUGUAAUAUUGCAAUGCUGAAGACCAAAUGAAGCUAAUUAGUACAUCAGAUUACUUAUUCUACUGGGUACGACUGAAAUGCAUCAGAGAAUAUGGCAAAUAAUGUAUUUAGCUGGAUGAUAAAAUUUAUAUCAAUUAUCUAUGCAACUCUUUGAUGUAUUAUCAGUAAACCUGCCUGAUGUUUGUCCAUCACUGGAUGAACUAACAGUAGCAAAUAUUAAUGUAACCAACGUGUUUUUACUAUGGGUUAAUGGUUGUCAUGGCUGUGCAUAACUUCAAAGUGUAUCAAGUGGCUUCUUCAGGAGGCUUACAGUCUCCGUGAAGACAAUAAAUGCAUGGCAGGUGACAACAGACAAGAACACAAUUCUGAAAGCAUAAUUUCAAGAGCCUUUAAAUUAACUUAUGUGUCUUACUUUACUGCUAUUGUAUAGUUUCAUCUUUGUCCUUUAAGUGUACAGAAUGAGCUUUUUUAUGCUAAGAUUUUUUAUUAAUAAAUAUUUAAUCAGUAGUU